AUGCCCCGCCCUGGAGUGUCUCCCGGCCAGGGCCGCCCCAGGUCGGGCCGGGAGCGGGCAUCGGACAGGUCCUUGGGGGGCCCCUGCCUGAGUUUCCUGUGGUUGGCCUUGGCGCUGGCGCUGCCCGACUCCCUGGUCCUCUGGUCCCCUGUGGAGGCCCACCCUCUUCCUGCCCAAGGCCAUCCCGCCAAGUUCAUUCGCUUAGCGCCCCAGCUCCAGGAGGCCUUUGGCUGGUGGAACCUCACCUGCCCAACCUGCAAAGGACUGUUCACCGCCAUCGACUUCGGGCUGAGGACUCAGGCCAGUGUGGCCUGGGUGGGCUCCGUGGCCAUCAAGCUGUGCAUGCUGCUGAAGAUCGCGCCGCCUGCCGUGUGCCAGUCAGCUGUCCAGCUCUUCGAGGACGACAUGGUGGAGGUGUGGACACGCUCAGUGCUGAGCCCGUCGGAGGCCUGUGGUCUGCUACUGGGCUCUUCCUGUGGGCACUGGGACAUCUUCUCCUCUUGGAACAUCUCUCUGCCGGCCGUGCCAAAGCCGCCCCCCCAGCCGCCCAAGCCCCCAGCCCCAGGCUCCCCUGUCAGCCGCGUCCUCUUCCUCACUGACCUGCACUGGGAUCACGACUACCUGGAGGGCACAGACCCCAACUGUGAGAACCCACUGUGUUGCCGCCGGGAUUCUGGCCCACCACCUGCCUCCCAGCCCGGUGCUGGGUACUGGGGCGAAUACAGCAAGUGUGACCUGCCCCUGCGAACCCUGGAGAGCCUGUUGGCUGGGCUGGGCCCCGCCAGCCCUUUUGAUAUGGUGUACUGGACAGGCGACAUCCCUGCUCACAACGUCUGGCAGCAGUCUCGUCAGGACCAGCUGCGGGCGCUGACCACCGUCACAGCCCUUGUGAAGAAGUUCUUGGGGCCUGUGCCGGUGUACCCUGCUGUGGGCAACCACGAGAGCACACCCGUCAAUGGCUUCCCUCCUCCCUUCAUAAAGGGCAACCAGUCUUCCCACUGGCUCUAUGAGGCGAUGGCCAAGGUGUGGGAGCCCUGGCUGCCGGCUGAAGCCCUUUACACCCUCAGAAUUGGAGGGUUCUAUGCCCUUUCCCCACGCCCUGGCCUCCGCCUCAUCUCUCUCAACAUGAAUUUUUGUUCCCGUGAGAACUUCUGGCUCUUGAUCAACUCCACAGAUCCUGCUGGACAGCUCCAGUGGCUGGUGGGGGAGCUUCAGGCUGCUGAGGACCGGGGAGACAAAGUGCACAUAAUUGGCCACAUUCCCCCAGGGCACUGCCUGAAGAGCUGGAGCUGGAAUUAUUACAGAAUUGUGGAGAGGUAUGAGAACACCUUGGCUGGUCAGUUCUUCGGUCACACCCACGUGGAUGAGUUUGAGGUCUUCUAUGACGAAGAGACCCUCAGCCGGCCGCUGUCUGUAGCCUUCCUGGCGCCCAGUGCCACCACCUACAUCGGCCUGAAUCCUGGGUACCGCGUCUACCAAAUAGACGGCAACUACUCCGGGAGUUCUCACGUGGUCCUGGACCACGAGACCUACAUCCUGAACCUGACGGAGGCCAACGAGCCCGGAGCCACGCCGCGCUGGCGCCUCCUCUAUCGGGCUCGGGAAACCUACGGGCUGCCCAACGCGCUGCCCACCGCCUGGCACGACCUGGUGUACCGCAUGCGGAGGGACACACAGCUCUUCCAGACCUUCUGGUUUCUCUACCAUAAGGGCCACCCGCCCUCGGAGCCCUGCGGCGCACCCUGCCGCCUCGCUACUCUCUGCGCGCAGCUCUCCGCCCGCGCAGACAGCCCCGCCCUGUGUCGCCACCUGGUGCCGGAUGCGAGCCUCCCCGAUGUCCAGGGCCUGUGGUCCAGGCCCCUGCUGUGCUAA